GCUGUGUAUGGCAGAUGAGAUUGCAGUCUGCAAUUAGCCACCAGAUUCUGGGGAUAGCAACCUUUGGGCUGAGCCCAAACUGAAAAACAAAGCUGUCAGGAGAGUAUACCAUUGAAUCAGGAGAAAGAGAGAGAACAGGUCUCCAGGGAACCCGCUCCAGGUGGCCAGCAGGAAGAAAGAGGAAGACGAGGGGCAGGAGGACUCCGCCGCCCUUUCCCUCCAGGCCCUGCUGGGGAUUGCUGGACAGCUCCCCGUGGCCACUGGCAGGGCCUCGUUUGUGCUCUAUCGCCCCAGGGCCAGGCCUCACCUACUGCCACCUUUCCCGUGCAGCUGAAGACGGGGACAGGAAGAAGUGGGGCGCAAAGCCCGAUGUUUCGGAAAAAGCGUAAAUGUGACGUCAUGCCCGUUGUUUUGGUUCGCCCGACCAAUCGGACUCGCCGGCUGGAUUCUACGGGCGCCGGGAUGGGCCCUUCGUGGCGGCGGCAGGACUCGCCGCUGGCGACCAUAACGCAUUGCGCAGGGUGCACCACCGCCUGGUCCUCCUGCAGCUUUAACAGCUCUGACAUGGAAACGCCGCUGCAGUUCCAGUCGGGCUUCUGCUCGGAGCAGCAGCAGCGCCCGCGCCUGCAUUGCCAGCAGCAGCCACCGGGCCAGGACAAGCAGAGCCUGCUCCAGCAGCACAGCCCAUGUCUUCGGUGCAACAACUGCACCUACUCCGGGGCUGCGGCGGGGGAUAACCUGCCCCUGGUGCUCCGCACUUCCUCGCCCCUGUCGGGCGCUUUCAGGACCCACUCCUCGCCGCUCUCCUCCUCCGCCGCCUCCUCCAGGCAGGGCAGCCAGCUGAACGUGAGCGAGCUCACCCCCUCCAGCCAUGCCGGUUCGUCCAGGCAGCCCCACCACCACCAGUACCACUACCAUCACCACCACUCCCAGUACCACCAGUGCCAUAGCCUGCAGCAGCAGGCAGCCAGCCCCAGCAGCAGUGUCAGCAGCGGCAGCACCCAUCACCACCACCAGCCCCACCAGCGCCGGGAGAGCAACCCCUUCACCGAAAUAGCCAUGAGCAGCUGCAGGUACAACGGCGGCGUCAUGCGGCCGCUCAGCCACCUGAGCUCGUCCCGCAGGAACCUGCAGGAGCUGGACUCUGAGUCCCAGCCGCUGCAGCCGCCGCUCUCCAGCCCCGGCGCCGCCGCCUCCUCAGCCCCGGAGAUCGUGGUGUCUAAGCCGGAGCACAACAACUCCAACAACCUGGCGCUGCAUGGCCCUGGCCCCGGGGGCAGCGUGGGGGGCAGCAGCCAGAACAACAGCGGCAGCAAGUCCAGCAAGAAGAAAAACCAGAACAUCGGCUACAAGCUGGGGCAUCGCCGAGCGCUCUUCGAGAAGCGCAAGCGGCUCAGCGACUACGCGCUCAUCUUCGGCAUGUUCGGCAUCGUGGUGAUGGUCAUCGAGACCGAGCUGUCCUGGGGCGCCUACACCAAGGAGUCGCUGUAUUCAUUAGCUCUAAAAUGCCUUAUUAGCCUCUCCACGAUUAUUCUGCUUGGUCUUAUUAUUGUGUACCACGCAAGGGAAAUUCAGUUGUUCAUGGUGGACAACGGAGCAGAUGACUGGAGAAUAGCCAUGACUUAUGAGCGUAUUUUCUUCAUCUGCUUGGAAAUACUGGUGUGUGCUAUACAUCCCAUACCUGGGAACUAUACAUUCACAUGGACAGCCCGGCUUGCCUUCUCCUAUACUCCAUCCACAGCAACAGCUGAUGUGGAUAUUAUUUUAUCUAUACCAAUGUUCUUAAGACUAUAUCUUAUUGCGAGAGUUAUGCUUUUGCAUAGCAAACUUUUCACAGAUGCCUCAUCUAGAAGCAUUGGAGCAUUAAAUAAGAUAAACUUCAAUACACGUUUUGUUAUGAAGACUUUAAUGACAAUAUGUCCCGGAACUGUACUGUUGGUUUUUAGUAUCUCAUUAUGGAUAAUUGCUGCAUGGACUGUCCGAGCUUGUGAAAGGUAA